GAAAAGCCACGGCAAUUGACCACCCGUCCUGGGAUAACUCCGGGUCACGACAAUUUGUUGGCGUCUGUUGAGACCCAAGCCAAGCCAAGCCAAGAGAAACCACUGUCCUAUGGGAGAGGACUUCUCAGAAGUCCCACCCACCCGAAAGGGUUGUGUCAGAAUUGCAACCAAAAACUCAGGGAUUGCAAAGGAGAAAGCCAGACAUUGUAAGUGCAACUCUGGUAGUGAGAGCAAAGCUGUGAGCAGCGAGAAUGAAACUAAGGAAACUGAUAACAAAAACACAUAGAGGCAAACAGAAAAAGGAAACAUACUUUGUUACUCAUUUUAAGAAGUUGAUUCAGAUAGUAAGUUUUCUUUUGAAACAAUUUUUUUUUCUCAAUGUCUUAAUAUUUGUUUGAUCUUCAAAGUGUUUUUCUUGAUCCUAUUGGCACAAAUCUAAUCCGAUACAAGUAUAUGUCCAGGACCGGGCCUCAUCAGAGGAUGAAGCCCAGACCCCUGGAAGAGGGCUUCCCCCACCCCCAGCUAUCCCCCCGGUGAGGAGAAGGUUCAUCCUCCCCAAUAACCUGUACCUCUGCCUGACCUGACCAAUUACCACGUAAUGGAAAUCUCAACAAAUACUACAGUAACAUGUGUAUAGUAAAUGGGUUUGAGUGUAGCUGAUCAUGUAAGUGUGGUGUUUCAAAUGUGAUACGUUAGGAAAUUUACAAAGGUUAAUGAGGCAGUUACAUGGAGAAAAACACUUCUGGAGCCAUUACGUCACUGUUGAGGUCAAUAAUUGUAUUUUGUAAACUGUUAUUCUUCUUCCUCUCCCUCUUCUACACACUCUUCCAGCAUGUCAUGACCCUGGAGACAUCAUUGUGGCAGGCCAUUGACCUGCAGGGUCACCAGGGAACCCAGGGGGUUCCAGUUCCAACUCUCUCUUCAUCUGGUGGGAUGAUGAGGGAGGAACCGGCUCUCCAGGUGCCUACAGUUUGCCCUAACUCCUCUCCAGGGCAGUGGCAGCAGAGGGAUGACACGACAUCUCUCCUGCAUGAAGUCCUGGUGAAACAGGAAAUAAUCCUGCAGCGCAGCCUCACCAAAAUGGCGCGGGACCUUUUUGUUCCUGUUGCUGCUCUUCAGGGCCUGACCACAGGGGGAAGUGUGGAGACCAGGCACCACGGCAUCUUCCCCUUGGCAGAUGUUCAGGCCCUGAUGGCCCUGGAGAGGGAGCUUGGAAUCAGUCCAACAUUGGCUCAUGAAUUGGGUUCAACACUGGACCUUGCGGGGGGAUCCACAGUAAAGGACACUGUGCGGUGGGUCCUCAAAGGAGCCAUGACUAAUGCCCUCACCAAGGGAAUUACUUGGCGAGGGCAAAAUGGGAAGGUGGCCUUUGAGAGGCUCCACCUAAAAGGCAUUGUAAUUGGUAAGUUUAAUCACAACAGUAACACGACUGUUCUAUCACACAGCUGAUAAAAUCAUAGUUUAGGAUAAAAUUAUUAGCCACCCAUGACAAUCACAUUUCUUUUCUAAGUCAAAAUACUUAUAGUCUUAACAACUUGUUUGCGAAAUGGCACGCAGUGCGCCUGUGAAUGUCACAAGCCUCGUAAUUAUAACACCACGCUAUCGCUGGCUUCAAGACAGCUAUUGCCACUUUGCCCGCAAUGUGACGCGUUCUUCAGGGUCAACUCUCGCUCGUAAAAUUCUUGUUUGGCUUUAGUGUCAGGAAAGAACCGCUGGUUUGUGUUUGGUAAAGUAAACUGUGGCAGUGUAAGUACUAAGUGACUAUGAUGAUUUAAUGUUGGAACUUUGGCUGUCACUUUCAACCUCAGAUGAUGAGAUGCAUCCAUUAACUAAUGCAAAACUGACUUUUUAACUAGCCAGUUACUUAGCCCACCACAGGUCUCUUUUGCAUGGACUGUUGCGUCAUCCUUUUUUAAGUCUUUCUCCAUGUGUAUGCCUUUAUUGUCAACUGCAGUGAGAAGGAAUCCGGUCUGUGUGGCAUCUACGGAGGCAGAAAUUAUAAAUACAAUUAAAAAUCGGUUCUACUGGGCUGGGGAUAGGGACGGAAGGCGCAAAAAGAGAAUGCCCACCCAACCAACCCCUCAACCAGCCCAGGACUCAGUCCAGGACUGACUUAAAAAAAUAAAUUAAUUAAAUAUUCAAAUUUUACUCUUGUUUGGUUUUAUGUUAAUGCACCACGUACACACAGUAACCUAGGCUAUUUCACAAGGCUAUUUAACUGAGGCAAAAAAUCUGAAUCUUCUGUACAAGGACAUUUUAUAGUCUAUUAAAAUGUUAAAUAAAAUUUAGCAUAAGGUUCAGAAUAAAAUGCAAUCUUUUGGUAAACGUAUGGCUAAUUAUGGAUAUGUUAUGGUUCAUAUUUGGCUUUAUUAUGGGGUUUUGGGAUGGUUAUGGCUAUGCUUUGGAAAGCCACAUUUUAUUUUGGGUGAUCUUUUUGCAAACUUAUGGUUACACUUUGAUAUCCUUUGGCCAUUUUGUGGUGUUUUGGGGUUCUUUUGGUAUAGUUAUGGUUGUGCUUUGGAAUUCCACAAUUUAUUUUGGAAGAAUUCUGGCCUUGCCUUAUUUGGGCCAUGUCUGGCCCAUCAUUCCACCCAAAAGAGUACCAAACUGGCAUGCCAAACUAGUGCCAAAAACUAUUCUGGCAACCUUUUGACAAACCAUAAUUCUAUUUUGGCGUGCCUAAUUUGGGCCAUAUUUGGCCCAUCAUUCCAUCCAAAGAGUACCAAGACUGGCUUGCCAAACUAGGGCCAAAAAGAAUUUGCUAUCUGGGGACGAGUUAAAAUGUCUGCUAGUUAGUUACACAAGGAUCAUUCCUAAUGUGCAGUUACUACUACUUAAAAGAAGGGAGAUGUAAAAGCCUGGCCAUUCCGGCCACCGUAGUGUGAGAAGACAACCUCACGCGAGAUUGGUAUGUGGAGGGAGAAUAAAGAUGGCUGAAUAAAGCACAGACUAAGACCGGGCUCCGUCAUGAUCAAUGAUCAUUCUUAUUCAUCUAUAUGAAAAAACACAACAGUGGUAUUGUUUUAUUUGCCUUCGAAAUACAAGUUUGUCUUUUCUAGCUGUCAUUUUUACUCUAACCGGAAAGGAGACAGUCGCA